AUGGCUUCAAAAUGCUGGGCGGCUUUAUCCCGAAGAAGAUUAGACAAAUGGAAUAUCACAACCGAUACGGCUUUGGCCAGGGUUCUUGGGCUUUUCGAUCUAACGUCCCUUGGAGUUGGCGCUACUUUGGGUCUUGGAGCUUACGUUCUUGCAGGAGUUGUUGCUAGGGAUGUCGCAGGACCUGCUGUUUGUAUCUCCUUUUUAAUAGCAGCUUUCAGUUCUUCAUUGGCAGGACUUUGUUACGCUGAAUUUGCGGCUAGAGUGCCAAAGGCAGGAUCUGCAUACGUCUACAGUUACGUUACAGUUGGAGAAUUCGUUGCCUUUGUUAUCGGAUGGAAUCUUAUUCUGGAAUACGUGAUAGGCGCAGCAAGCGUUGCUCGAGGAUUCAGCAACUACUUGGAUUUCCUUAUAGGAAAUGCCAUGAGUAACGCCUUGCGAGAGGUAAUGCCAAUAAACGUUUCAUUUCUGUCCGACUACCCUGACUUUUUCGCUUUCGGAAUGGUUCUUUUACUGGCAAUAUUGCUUUCUGUUGGAGUAAAAGAGUCCUCGCUACUGAAUAAUAUAUUUACUACCAUCAACCUGCUCACUAUAGGGGUAGUGAUAGUUGCCGGGUCAAUGAAAGCGAAUACUGGAAAUUGGGCGAUCUCUGUCGAUGACAUUCCAGAGGGUACAGAGAACGUUGGGGUUGGUGGUUUCAUGCCGUUUGGAUGGAACGGAGUUUUCACAGGCGCAGCUACAUGCUUUUAUGCCUUUGUCGGUUUUGAUACUAUUGCUACCACUGGAGAAGAAGCUAAAAAUCCUCAGCGAAAUAUACCAUGGGCUAUUGUGAUGUCUCUUACAAUCGUUUGCCUCGCGUAUUUUGCUAUAGCCAGUGUGCUAACAAUGAUGAUACCUUACUAUGAACAGAAUAUCGACGCACCUUUUCCUUAUGCAUUUGAAAAAAUUGGGUGGCCUGUCGUUAAAUGGAUCGUCAAUAUUGGUGCGAUCUUUGCAUUGUGCACAAGUAUGCUCGGCGCACUAUUUCCACUACCCAGAGUUUUAUACGCCAUGGCAAAUGAUGGAAUUAUGUUCAAAUUUUUUAGUAAAGUUCAUACAAAAACUCAGACACCACUUAUCGGAACCUUGAUUUCUGGACUACUUGCAGCCGUAAUGUCGCUCGUAUUCAAUCUUCGUCAACUUAUCGACAUGAUGUCCAUCGGAACCCUUAUGGCAUAUGGAAUUGUAGCUUUAUGCGUGCUGAUUCUCAGAUUCCAGCCGGAACGGAUAAACAGCAACGUUAUUUCUAGUUUUGAAAAUCAAUCCAAAGAAAGCUUAUGGUCUGGUACCAAACAACUUUUCAAUUUGAAUGGAUUGAAAGAACCGACUCAAUUCUCUGGCCGAGUAGCGAGUUGGGGUUCUCUAUUUUACGGUUUUUUCGCACUUGCAUUUGGGUAUAUCAUCAACGCAUACAUAUCUAAUAUACAAGAGGGUGAUCCCAUUGUGAUCACAAUAGCAGUUGUGCUGGCAGUGAUCAUGAUUGUUAUUGUUAUCAUUAUCAGUAGACAACCUGUUUCAAGCUUGAAAUUAUCUUUUCGGGUCCCUCUGGUACCAUUGGUACCCUGCAUAAGCAUCUUCGUCAACCUUUACUUGAUGCUCCAAUUGGACAGAUAUACAUGGAUGAGAUUUGCUAUUUGGUUAGCGAUAGGUUUUACAAUUUACUUUACGUACGGAAUCAUGAACAGCGAGCAAGGAAAGAAGGACAAGAUCGAAAGGCAAGAGUUAGUUCAACGAAAUGGCAUACGGGAUCGAAAACUUGUGGAAGCUAAGUCAAAGGAGGCUACUAAUUCUUAGUGUGAGUCGAAUUGAGUUCGAUAAUGUCACGUUUGUCUAUUCCGAGGGCUCUGGUCACUCUUUCCCUUCGUUAUUCGUAAGUACAAAGAGCUGAAAAGAAACAGAGUGCUUGGAAGAAAUUUACCGGACUCAGUUUCUGUUGCCAAUAAUAUUCAGUAGAGAAGAUUAUAGUAUAAAAUACUUGAACUCUCUCCAAAGACGCGUACUUUGGAAUACUGAGAUUUUUUUCAAGUAAGAUUGAUAAUCUGUGUUUGAUUGAUGCCGAAGGUGACCGUGGAUAUUCGUUGAUUGAAUGAGGUUGUACCGAGAGAAGAGUUUUUGCAAUGUAAUGUGGCUUUUGAAGAUGACAGCCACAAUAAAUUCGUUGUUAAAAUGAAGUGCCAUAAAUUUUCGAAUUUCAAAUAAGUGUCAUCGACAGCAUCUUGUUUUUAAAAUUCAGCAUUGCAUUACUGAAGUAAAUAUUUUUCUUUGCUUGAAAAGCAUGUUACUUACGAACAUUCAUGUACUCAGAAUAUUUAAUUAUUAUAUUGAAACCAUGCUUGGAAUCGGUACUGAUAUAAAUCGCAUUCCAAUUUGUUCAUAUCUCCUGAACAAUUAUUUUUUAUGCUGUGAACACUUUUUUCAUGACCACAUAGAAUAUUUAGAAUUUAUGGAAAUAUCAUCACGAUGUAAAUAUUGUGUAUAAGUUUUAUGCUACGAAUGUGCAUAUUAUCGCGUCUAUGUAUAUGUAUAUAAUGUGAAUAUAUGUAUGUAAAAGUGUAUGAUUAACCAAGUUAA